CCGAGUGUAUAAACAUUUAAAUAGUAAAUACGUUGUUAUCUUUAAAAGGAUGAACCAAAGUCCUCAUAUUACCAAGAAAAAACGGUAUUUGUUAAUAUCACUUGUGCAUUUAACUGGGACACACUAUUAAUAUUUACAAAAUAUCUCAACAGGUGAAAUUUAUAGUGAAUCGUUUCGUGGUUGUGAUCAUUUAAAUGGAAUAAUUUCUUACGUUAACUGUACGUUUUCAAUUUAUAUUUUGUACUUCAUUGCAUAUUAAAGGACUGACACGACCGUGGAGUCAAUUAAAAUACAACAAUGGCGAUGUUUAUUUACUGCAAUUCCUGAUGUGGUCCGAAGUUACCAUGUACGUCAAUUGAUAUUAUAUAAAAGUAUUCGCGGAGUCAGAUUUGGAAUUUCCUUAAAAAAACAGUGUUUAACUUUAUCAAUUGUUAUCAGGAUUACUGUAUGCUUUUAACUUUCGACGAUAUUUAAAAACGUGUUGUGUUAUACAUGUAUGGUAUUUGAUUUGAGAUCUGUUCUAUUUGAUAGUAAAUAUGUGUUGCAGGUGUAUUUGUGUAUUUUAUAUAGAUUUGUUAUGUUCGUUCAUGCUCGGUCAUUAUGACAGUUUUGCAAAUUAUGUAGGAACAAAACAUCAAAACGAAACAAAAAUAAUAAUUAAGAAAAUAAGGAUCUUACUACUUCGGCUAGGAAUUGGAUAUUUGAUCAACAUAGCAUUAUUUCUAAUUGUUUGUUUUGUCAAUAGGAAAACUAAGGACGAAGGAGACGGCGGGUUCCUGUUAUUUUGUGCAAUCGUAAUUUUUGCAGUAUGCUUUUAUGCGUUUAUAACUUUUUCUCUAGUAUACAGAAUUUCAAGGUUUUCAAGUAAUGUGGACGAUCCUAAAGCUGAAUAUAAAGUCUCAAAAUAUCAAAAGUUUAUGAUGGUAUAUAAAUGUCUGGAUGUUAUUUUCGACAUUGCGGUGUUGCUUUAUAGUUUCAUUUUAUCAGAUUGGGAAUUAACCGCAUUUACUAUCGCGGCUACGGCUGUGUUAUGUACCGAUGUGACACUGAAUGUAAUUGUGUUAAUGAAAAACUGUUGUUCCGACGAGGAAAGAAGCAAUAAAUAUGGUUCAAGUGAAAAUAACCAAGCGUUCGAAACUGGUGAAAUACAAGAGCACAGAUCGGUGGUUAUAGAUCAUAGAAAUGUUAAUAUAGAAGAAGGAUUGCCAUGGGAAGAAACAGAUUUGGAAAGACUGCCACCAAAGUCUGCUAAGUUACCUGACAAUAGUGUAAACAAAAGGUCAAAUAAAGAAACAGAUUAUCAGCAGAAAUCGUCACAAAGCGUCAGUUCGGAAGUAUGUGAUAAUUCCGAUAGAGUGAAAGAAUUGAACACUGAGAGACCACCACGUUAUUCUAUGGUAGUUGAGAACGGCGAGGACGUUCAGGAAGAGAAAGACCAAAAGGGUUGUCAAGAAGAAUACAUUCCUGCAAGUAACAAUGAGGUACGCAAUAUGAAAGAUUCAUCUGAAGUAGAAAAGUCUUCUGAUUUUGUCCCAGAACCAGUUGCAACGUCCGAUUUUAAUACAUCUUCAGAUUGGGUAUCAGAAAUCGAAUAAAUAGUGCCAGAUGCAGUCACCAAAGCUUAUAUUGAGAAUUGUGAAGUGUAGUAAACAAGCAAAAUCAUAUUAACUAACACAUCAGAGUCUGAAUAACAUUAUGGAUUAUCUAUAUUUUUCAAAAACGCUAGAGAAUUCUUGGCCAUAUCUCCCAAGGCCAAGAGAAAUGAAUAUUUUAUUCCACUGCCCAUACCUGUUUUACUUCCUGAACAUUAAAUAUUAAUUUACAUAA